GCUCUUUUGAAAAAAAAAGUCAUAAAAGAAAGUCUACUAUACGAGUGGGAUAAUUCAGGUCCAUUGCCUCGAUUGCCGACCCGUCCACACACAAAAUGUUCGACACGGUCUGUACCUUGCCGCUGUCGGCGGAUCUGUUCUCGCAGGCCAUCCACCCAAACGAGCCCAUCGUCUCCGUUGGUCUUGCUACGGGCCAUGUCCAGACCUACCGACUCCCCUCUGAGGAGGCGGACAGCGACGAUGACGGGGCCUCGACGUCUUCGUCCCGCAACGGCAAGGGCCACAUCGACACCAUGUGGAGCACGAGACGACACAAGGGCAGCUGCCGGUGCUUGACUUUCGCGCUGGACGGCGAGACCCUGUACUCCGCUGGCACGGAUGGGUUGGUCAAGGCCGCGAAGGCGGAGACCGGGGUGGUGACGAACAAGAUCGCGAUCCCCACGUUAAAGGAUGGAUCCGUCGACGCCCCUACCAUUGUGAACGCUCUUUCCCCUCAAACCCUCCUCCUUGCCACUGACUCCAGCGCCCUUCAUCUCUACGACCUCCGCACCCCGUUCUCCAAGGUCUCCGCCAAGCCGCAACAAACGCACCACCCCCACGAUGACUACGUUUCCUCGCUCACCCCGCUCCCCGCGUCCGAUACCAGCACCUCUGGGUUCAGCAAGCAAUGGGUGACCACGGGUGGCACGACGCUGGCCGUGACGGAUCUCCGUCGGGGCGUGCUCGUGCGCAGUGAGGAUCAGGAGGAAGAGCUGAUCAGCUCGGUGUACAUCGGCGGGCUGGCGACCAGCGGGACGAGCCGCGGCGAGAAAGUGGUGGUGGGUGGCUCCAACGGCGUGCUGACGCUGUGGGAGAAGGGUGCCUGGGACGACCAGGACGAGCGCAUCUACGUCCAGCCCCGCACCGGUGGCGCCGACUCGCUGGAGACGCUGACGGUCGUGCCGGAGGAGCUUGGCAAGGGGAAGAUGGUCGCCGUGGGUAUGGGUGGCGGUGCGGUCAAGUUCGUCCGGAUCGGCAACAACAAGGUCAUCUCGGAGGUCGUGCACGACGAGACGGAAGGCGUGAUCGGCUUGGGAUUCGACGUCGAGGGGCGCAUGGUCAGUGGUGGCGGUCAGGUCGUCAAGGUCUGGCAUGAGGCGGUCGGGUCCAGCGGCGCGAAUGGAUCCCACCUGGGCGACAAGCGCAUGUACGGCGACAGUGAUGAUAGCGAUGAUGAUGAUGAUGACGACGACGUUGACAGUGAUGCGGGAUCCGGCGAUGACAGCGAGGAAGAGAGACCCCGCGCGGUGCAGCAGAAGAAGCGCAAGAAGGGCAAGGGAGCCAAGGGAGGACAGCAGAUCAUGGCCUUUGCCGAUAUGGACUAAGUGAUACCCCCGCCCACCAAAAAGAUGGCACUGUACGGUGACAUCGAGUGGACAAAUGAAAUAUAGCGAUACUCGCCUCAAUGACCCCGAGUAGGUCGCGAGGAUGAUAUAGCAGAGAGACCAAGUAUACAACGCUUUAAUAUGAAUUAAGCUAUCUUUCCAAG